AAAAAAAAAAAAAAAAAAAAAAAUUCCUUCUUCGUGGAUCACAUGAGUCUCCCUCUUCCCUAUGUUUUACUUUAGCCGUUGUCUUCCUCUGACGCUCGCUCGCGACUGUCGCUGGUGCUUGCUCCAACGUCGUUAACCAUCACUUCUGACCAAUCGCCCCAAAUUGUCGUUGUUUGCCGGCGUCCAUGCGCACUGGAGGUCUUAGAUCUCUUCUACCAGCGUGCGAAUCGUCGUCGGUUGUGGCUGGGAGUUCGUUGACCGUCAUCUUACAUUGCCAGUUGACUGAGCCACCAUCGAUCGGGUGUAUAGCAUCGUCUGGCAGCCGUCUCUCGUUGGAAACUCAGAUUUGGUUGUUUGAGAGUUCUUGGAGGAAUUUGUGUUGUUGUUCUGCAUGGUUGGAGUUCAUUUAUGGUUUUAAUUGGAGUUUUCCUUAUCCAUCGGUUUCUUGGUGCGCAAUAUUUGGACAUAAUAUUGAGGUAAGGGAAAGGACAAAACGACGAAUGACAAGAAGAAUUUGUGACCGAGCCAUGGGACUUAACAUCGUUUCCGCAUAUGUUUUUCUUAUGAUUUCAAAUUUUAGCUUAGAAGUCAACUUUUAAAUUCCUAGAAUAUUUUAUUUGGUUAUUUAUUUUAUUAAAAUUAGAGGUAC